AUGCCAGGUGCACACUCGAGCACACGCAGGCACGGUCGACGUCAAGCCCUUGACCGCUUCCAUGACCACGACGACGACGAGGAUGCCGUCUCGUCCAGCGGUGCCGUAUCUGAGAGCAGCAGUCGAGCAUCGUCCGCGUCGGACGACGACGGACUCGCGUCCAAGCUGCCCACACUUCCCGAUCUGCGGUUUGAGCAGUCGUAUCUGGCCACCAUCCGCGGGUUCUUGCACGAAGAGCACCCCUCGCGCGACUCUGUCGACGACGAAGGGAACGUUGAGAAGGAUCACCACCACAAGGUCACCGUGACGCACAGCAAGGUCAAGCACGAGCACGAGCUGUGGCUAGGCAACCUACGUGUCGAAUGGUUCCCGAUUUUGUAUGUGACCGUGCGGGAUCAGCUGCUGUCGCCUUUGGUUCAGGGCGCAGUAUGGGGUCUCGGUGGGCUGCUGCUCACACAGAUCAGGCAGUAUGUUUCGGCAAGAACGAGAGGUGCGCCCAAAGUUGGCGGUGUACAAAGAACGACGUCGAGCAUUCUGCGUAGUGUCGGGCUCGGCAAGAGAUAA